AUGGUGGUGCUGAGGGACGUGGUCCAGACAUACCCAGAGGUGCGCAUCAUCCUCAUGUCGGCCACCAUCGACACCACCAUGUUCAGAGAGUACUAUUUCAACUGCCCCGUCAUCGAGGUGUUCGGCCGCACAUUCGCAGUACAAGGUAAGAGAGCUCAGUCAAAUGGAGCUUGCACACUUUCUUAAAUCAAUCUAACCUUUAUAUGAUCUAGUUUAUGGGCUUGUAAUGGAUAGGUCUAAGGUGUUUCUAACAAAGUACUUUUUGGAAGAUUGCAUUCAGAUGACUCAUUUUAUUCCUCCUCUGAGUGAUAGAAAGAGGAAGGACAAGGAUGAGGAAGGAGGAGAUGAAGAGGUGUGGGACAAUACUUUAUCCUCGGUCUCAAGCACAGAGGACCAUUUCAUUUAACCACAGUUUCUUGUUCAACGGAAGUGUGGUCUUUGUAUAUGUUUGACUUCCUCUUGUUUGUCACAGGCCAACUGUAAUGUGAUAUGUGGGCCAGAGUACACCCCAGAGACUAAGCGCUCCAUGGCCCAGAUUAAUGAGAAGGAGACUCCCUUUGAGCUGGUGGAGGCCCUGCUGAAGUACAUCGAGACCCUCCAGGUGACCGGGGCCGUGCUCGUCUUCCUGCCCGGCUGGAACCUCAUCUACUCCAUGCAGAAACACCUGGAGAUGAACCCACACUUUGGUGUGUUUUCUCGCUACUAAUCCCUGGUUCUACCAUAGAAAUGCUAUUGGUCAAAGUAUUUGGAUUGAUAUCAACAAAUGCAUUGUCAUUUUAGUCUCAAAUCACCCAAGUUUCUCCCUUUUGAAAUGCUGUUGGUCCUAAUUGUAAUGAUAACAGUAAAUUGACUUGCUUUUUAUUUUUGUUUCACCCAGGAAGUCAACGGUACCUGAUUCUACCACUCCACUCUCAGAUCCCCAGAGAAGAGCAAAGAAGGGUAUUUGAGCCUGUGCCUGAAAACAUCACCAAGGUCAGUCAGUCUGGGUCCUAGGGUUUUUCCUGUAUUGGUGUUUAAUGUUGCGUAUAUGUUAUUAAUUUUUUAUCCUUUUCAGGUGAUCUUGUCAACAAACAUCGCAGAGACCAGUAUUACCAUCAAUGAUGUAGUAUACGUCAUCGACUCUUGCAAGUACCGUAUUUUCCGCACUAUAAGGCGCACCGGAGUAUAAGCCGCAGCAGCUAAAUUGAAUGAUAUUGAAUGAUGUGUACAUAUAUAAGCCGCACUGGACUAUAAGCCGCAGGUGUUUUAAUGUUUAAUUACCAUAUGUAAGGGUUCGUGCACAGAGGGGAUUGUCGGGAAAGAGACAAACUGUCUCGCUCUCGUAAUGUCUGUCUGUCUUGCUCUCGUUCUGUCUCUCGUACCACUCUCGGUUCCACUUUUACUUUUGCGCGCUACCUGUCUCACUCUUUUCCGGCCUCCAGCUUUUCCUGCUGGAGCCCGCCGCUUAAAGGUGGGGGGCGCGGACCGGUCAUAGAGCCCAUAGAGUUAAAGUUGGUGGCCUGUAACCUGUAAAAUCCAUAGAUUUAGGAGGUCUUCUAGUGGCCGUUAGCUGUAAAAAUCCAUAGAUUAGCCGCACCGUUAUAUAAGCCGCAGGGUCGAAAAAUGGGGAAAAAGGCAAGAUUCUCUGGACUGAUGAAACCAAGAUUGAACUCUUUGGCCUGAAUGCCAAGCAUCACGUCUGGAGGAAACCUGGCACCAUCCAUAUGGUGAACUAUGGUGGUGGCAGCAUCAUGCUGUGAGGAUGUUUUUCAGCGGCAGGGACUGGGAGACUAGUCAGAUUAACGGAGCACAAAGUACAAAGAGAUCCUUGAUGAAAAACUGCUCCAGAGUGCUGAGGUCCUCAAACUGGGGCAAAGGUUCACCUUCCAACAGGAAAACGACCCUAAGCACACAGCUAAGACAACACAGAAGUGGCUUCGGGACAAGUCUCUGAAUGUCCUUGAGUGGCCCAGCCAGAACCCGGACUUGAACCCGAUCGAACAUCUCUGGAGAGACCUGAAAAUAGCUGUGCAGCGACGCUCCCCAUCCAACCUGACAGAGCUUGAGAGGAUCUGCAGAGAAGAAUGGGAGAAACUCCCCAAAUACAGGUGUGCCAAGCUUGUAGCAUCAUACCCAAGAAGACUCGUGGCUGUAAUCGCUGCCAAUUGUGCUUCAACAAAGUACUGAGUAAGGGUCUGAAUACUUGUGAUAUUUCCAUAUUUUUUUAUUAGCAAACAAAUCUAAAAACCUGUUUUUGCUUUGUCAGUAUGGGGGUAGAUUGAUCAGGGGAAAAUACAAUUUAAUCCAUUUUAGAAUAAGGCUGUAACGUAACAAAAUGUGGGAAAAAUCUGAAUACAAGGGUCAGAAUAGUUUCCGAAUGCACUGUAGUUAGCUACAUCUAUGGGAUUUUGUUUUUCUGUCGUGCAUCAUGUGCAGUAGCGUGUGUGUGUGUGUGUGUGUGUGUGUGUGUAUGUAUGUAUGUAUGUAUGUAUGUAUAUAUAUAUAUAAAUAUCAUACACACACACACACACACACACACACACACACACACACACACACACUACCAGUCAAAAGUUUGGAAACACCUACUCAUUCCAGGGUUUUUCUUUAUUUUUACUAUUUUCUACAUUGUAGAAUAAUAGUGAAGACAUAAACUAUGGAAUCAUGUAGUAACCAAAAAAGUGUUAAACAAAUCAAAAUAUAUUUUUAUAUUUGAGAUUCUUCAAAUAGCCACCCUUUGCCUUGAUGACAGCUUUGUACACUCUUGGCAUUCUCUCAACCAGCUUCAUGAGGUAUUCACCUGGAAUGCAUUUCAAUUAACAGGUGUGCCUUCUUAAAAGUUAAUUUGUGGAAUUUCUUUCCUUCUUAAUGCGUUUGUGCCAAUCAGUUGUGUUGUGACAAGGUGGGGGGGCAUAUAGAAGAUAGCCCUAUUUGGUAAAUUACCAAGUCCAUAUUAUGGCAAGAACAGCUCAAAUAAGCAAAGAGAAGCGACAGUCCAUCAUUACUUUAAGACUUGAAGGUCAGUCAAUAUGGAACAUUUCAAGAACUUUGAAAGUUUCUUCAAGUGCAGUCGCAUAAACCAUCAAGCGCUAUGAUGAAACUGGCUCUCAUGAGGACCGCGACAGAAAUGGAAGACCCAGAAUUAACUCUGCUGCAUAGGAUAAGUUCAUUAGAGUUACCAGCCUCAGAAAUUGCAGCCCAAAUAAAUGCUUCACAGAGUUCAAGUAAGACACAUCUCAACAUCAACUGUUCAGAGGGGACUGUGUGAAUCAGGCCUUCAUGGUCGAAUUGCUUCAAAGAAACCACUACUUAAGGACAACCGCCGUGGCUUUGUGAGAUGCGGUAUGGGUGAACGGAUGAUCUCCGCAUGUCUAUUUCCCACCGUAAAGCAUGGAGGAGGUGGCCUCCUGUAGCUCAGUUGGUAGAGCAUGGCGCUUGCAACGCCAGGGUUGUGGGUUCGAUUCCCACGGGGGGCCAGCAUGAAAAAUGUAUGCACUCACUAACUGUAAGUCGCUCUGGAUAAGAGCGUCUGCUAAAUGACUAAAAUGUUGUUGUUUUUUUAAAUAAAAAAUGUGUUAUGUUGUAGGGAUGCUUUGCUGGUGACAGUGUCUGUGAUUUAUUUAGAAUUCAAGGGACACUUAACCAGCAUGGCUAUCACAGCAUUCUACAGCGAUACGCCAUCCCAUCUGGUUUGGGCUUAGUGGGACUAUCAUUUGUUUUUCAACAGGACAAUUACCCAACACACCUCCAGGCUUUAAGGGCUAUUUUACCAAGAAGGAAAGUGAUGGAGUGCUGCAUCAGAUGACCUGGCGUCCACAAUCCCCAGACCUCAACCCAAUUGAGAUGGUUUGGGAUGAGUAGGACUGCAGAGUGAAGGAAAAGCAGCCAACAAGUGCUCAGCAUAUGGGAACUCCUUCAAGACUGUUGGAAAAGCAUUCCAGGUGAAGCUGGUUGAGAGAAUGCCAAGAGUGUGCAAAGCUGUCAUCAAGGCAAAGAGUUGCUAUUUUAAGAUUCUCAAAUAUAAAAUAUACUUUGAUUUUGUUUAACACUUUUUUGGUUACUACAUGAUUCCAUAUGUGUUAUUUCAUAGUUUUGUCUUCACUACUAUUCUACAAUGUAAAAAAUAGUACAAAUAAAGAAAAACCCAUGAAUGAGUAGAUGUGUCAACUUUUGACUGGUUGUGUGUGUGUGUGUGUGUGUGUGUAUUAGAUAACGGCACAAUCAUUUGGUAAUUUUUGGGCUUGUGCUCAUUAAAUGUAUUUAAUGUAUGGCUCAUCAGGCUCAUGUAGCGUCAGGCUUGACUUUUCCAUCAAAGCUCUAAUAACAUCCAGACCUAGGCCUAUUUUAUAUGCUUUAUAAUGCUUUUGAAUGACACUUCCGGUUUUGGCAGGAAAUACCGGGUUACCUGGGAGAAAAGUGAUUUAUUCUCGGGGUGGAACAUUUUGUAAAAUACCAGGAAAAUAUUCUACCCUACUAAUGACCACCCAUGAUGGUGUGUUUUCUCUUAGGCAGAAAGUGAAGCUGUUCACGUCUCACAACAACAUGACCAACUACGCCGCGUCCGGGCUGGCUUCUGCUUUCAUCUGUGUAGCAGAGCACGCUUUGACAAGUACGUCUCUGAACCGCAACCUUCAUUGGAGUUGAAGAGAUCACAAACUUCUUGGCCCGUAUUCAAAAAGCCUCUCACAAUAGGAGUGCUGAUCUCGGAUCAGAUCCCCCCCUGUCCAUGUAAACAUAUUAAUUAUGAUAAAAGGCUAAACUGAUCCUAGAUCAGCACUACAACUCUGAGAUUCCAAAUGAAUAUUGAAUAUUUUCUCUUACCCUUACUUGUAUGUCAUACUAUGAGUUUGAUUUGAAAAACACAAGUGAAGAAUGUAUGCCUCUGCUUCUGUGCCUACCCUUUUCUUCAUUCCAGACUAGAGACCCAUAUGACCCCUGAGAUAUUCCGUACUCCUCUCCACGAGGUAGCCCUGAGCAUCAAGCUGCUGAGACUAGGAUCCAUUGGUCAUUUCCUCUCCAAGGCCAUCGAGCCCCCUCCCCUGGACGCGGUUAUAGAGGCAGAACACACACUGAAAGGUUAGUCUUUUAGCUUUGACCUUAAAGCUAGAACCCUUAAUUGCUACAUCCAUUUUUGGAAUGAUAGGUUGAUGUAUAUUAUACCCAUUGAUUCUUACAGAAUAAAACUAUAAUGUUGAUAUCAUGGAUGGUCAGUCCUUGCAUACAUAGCAGUCCAUAGCUCUGUCUAUGAAUUUUUGUGCUUACAUUUCUCCAGGCCUAUCCCUCAGCUUUAUUCAAACAGGCGGGGUGACCGCUUUAUCGUUUCUAUUAAGGAUUCUAACUUUAAUAGAUUCGUUUUUUCAUCUAGAGUUCUAGAAGAGCCCCAUUGUUGUAAGCAUUACCAACCACCUUGAAUAGUGUUGGCAUUUACGGUUCUUUUUAAUAUUUUCCCACUAGAACUGGAUGCCUUGGACACAAACGACGAGUUGACUCCACUUGGUCGGAUCCUUGCAAAGCUUCCCAUCGAGCCACGGCUGGGAAAGAUGAUGAUUAUGGGCUGCAUUUUCAAGUGAGUGCUGCAUCAGAAGUCAUGCAUGAAUUUAGUCAUACUAUUCCAUAUUGACAAAUCGCUAUACACAUACAGUGUUUUAUGUUUCCAAUGAGAAAUGGUUUAAGUAGUUGAUGCUUUCUCUGCUCUGCUUUCUAGUGUUGGUGAUGCAGUGUGCACCAUCUCCGCAGCGUCCUGCUUCCCAGAGCCCUUCAUCAAUGAUGGCAAGCGCUUGCGCUACGUGCACCGCAACUUUGCUGGCACCCGCUUCUCAGACCACGUGGCACUGCUGUCAGUCUUCCAGGCUUGGGACGAUGUGAGGUGAGUCCUGGCUUCAUAGAAACAUGCUUUUAUAUUAUAUUAUUAUUAUUAAACAUGCAACAUGUACAUCUAGAAAACAACCAAUUCCCUCUUAUGGAUUAGAAUGAAACACUCCUAUUCUCUCUCACUACCUGGAAAAUGAAGGUUAUAACGGCUUGUUAACUUUAUUGUAGAAUGGGAGGUGAGGAUGCAGAGUCCAGAUUCUGUGAACACAAGAGGCUCAACAUGUCCACACUGAGGAUGACCUGGGAGGCCAAAGUGCAGCUGAAGGAGAUCCUCAUCAACUCUGGCUUCCCUGAGGGUAAAUUAUGUCUGUCUCAAAUGGCCUAUGGGUCCUGGUCAAAAGUAGUGCACUUUAUAGGGAAUAGGGUGCCAUGUGAACAACCCAAUUUGUGUUGCAAUAUUGGCAUAAUAUACAAUCACAUUUGAAAUAGUUUGCUGUUUUUUGUCUUUUCAUUUGGGUGCUUGAUGACACAGAUGUUCAACAACGUUGGACCCGACAACAACCUUGACGUGGUCAUCUCUCUCCUGACAUACGGCUCCUAUCCCAAUGUGUGCUACCACAAGGAGAAGAGGAAGAUUCUCACCACAGAGGGGCGCAAUGCCCUCAUCCAUAAAUGCUCAGUCAACUGCCCCUUCAGCAGCCAGGACAUGACCUACCCAUCACGUUCUUCGUCUUUAGCGAAAAGGUAUGAUCUCAAAUUAGAAGUUGUCAACGUCUACAUAAUAUGAAUACACUGGUGUGUCAAAGGUUUUACUCUUCUAUAGGUUAUUUCUAUGCUUAAAUGUGAGCUAACGGGGUCACUCUGUCAGUGUUCGAUGACAAUCUAUGAUUGUAAAUUGGGGUACAAUUCAGUCUGACUGCACGCAACCAAUUAACACUACUACUACAAUUCAUGACCACUGGUCUUUUUGUUUUCCACCAGAUACGGACUCGAGCCAUCUCCGCCAAAGGAAUGACACUAGUCAGCCCACUCCAGCUGAUCUUGUUUGCCUCCAAGAAAAUCACAUCAAACGGGGAAAUCAUUGAACUGGAUGAUUGGUGAGUGUAGCUACUGUCUUUAAAGUGGUGCAAUAGUGGAAACAUGUUUUUUCCUGCAUAUUUACUUACAAUACUAAAAAGGGUUUUGGAUGAAGCAUGAAAAUUGUGAGGUGAAGCAGAUAAAACCACCAUCUGUAUUCACAGGAUAAAACUGAAGAUACCUCAUGACGUGGCUGGCUGCAUAGCGGCUCUGAGGGCUGGAAUGGAGGCCCUUGUUGUGGAAGUCACCAAAGACCCUGAGUACAUCAGACAGCUGGACCCCACAAACGAGCGCAUGCUCAACAUCAUCCGCCAAAUCUCCAAGCCCUCCGCAGCCGGGCUUAACCUCAUGGUCAACAAUCUACGGUAAGAUCAACAUGACAGAUUAGACUUCUCAGUUCAGGGGAGUAGGAAAAUAUCCCAAAUGGCACCCUUUUCCCUACAUAGUGCACUACUUUUGACCAGAGCCCUAGCAGCCAUAGUCCGAUAAACAUCAACAAACAUAACAUACCAUACAUACUUGUAGUGAAGCCAUGUAGUGGCAAUAUUGGAUUAGUUUAUUCUGUGUAGGUUAUCAACAUUUGUGCACAGUAUAAUCUACUCCACUGAUUGAGUAAUAGGACAGCAUAUUACUUUUUUCAGUUGUGAAAUAUGUCUGUUUUGAAUAACAAAUACAGCUGGUUUACAUGUUUUUCUGUCUUUAUCAGUUUUGGCGAUGGUCCACGUCCUCCUAAGAUGGGCAGGUUUGAUGGAGGUGGAGGAGGGUACCGAGGUGGAGGAUACAGAGGUGGAGGAGGAAGUAACAGAGGAGGCGGCGGCGGAUACCAGGGCGGCGGCGGCGGAUACCGUGGAGGUGGUGGAUACAGGGGGGGUGAGGGAUAUUAGAGCAUUUGAAGUGUAA